AGUGACACAACGAGUUUGACACACUAGCUCAGCGCAUCGACGAGUAAUCGGGAAACACAUCGUUUGUCUAAAUAGGACAACACAUUUCGAGUUCUUCUCUUGCGAGACUGUUUUGUUAUUUUCGUGAGCCAAAAUGGUGUCUGCUUCAGCCGUCAUCGUUAGUAAACUUCGCCGGCUCCGAUCCUAUUUUGCCUUCUUCUGUUUUGCUGGAAUAGCCCUGUCAUCUUAUGCUUUUUAUGUCGAGACGAAAAAGGAGCACGAUGAUUCCUACGUGGCCAUGUGCGACAUCAGCGAGUCCAUGAGCUGCUCAAAAGUGUUCUCUUCCAAAUAUGGCAAAGGAUUUGGAUUGCUUCAAUAUGUUCUCGAUGAAAACUCACCUCUUAUCCAACCCAAUCCUGUUUAUGGAGCUAUCUUUUAUGGACUUGUUUUACUAUUAGGACUUGGAAACUAUUUACUUCUGGCCAGGGUUCAGAUGUUGCUGUGUAUCAUGGCCAACAUUGGAUCAGUUUAUUUGGGCUACAUCCUGUAUUUUGUUCUUGAAGAUAUUUGUGUGGUCUGUGUCUCAACCUACUUUGUUAACUUUGUGUUGCUGAUUGUGAACCUCCUUCGCAUAUCAAAAUUGAAACAACUCAGCCUGGAAACUGGUGGGCCAAUUCUCCAAACAGGAGGCUUCAACAAAACCAAGAAGAGAGUUUAGAAUUUUAAAAACUCAAAGUUGUUGAAUACUCAAAAGCCAAAAAGGUUGUGUGAAACAAAUUGGUUAUGGAUUGGUAUUGGGGUUAUCAUGGGAAAUGUGUUAUUUCUGGUUCUCAUUGUUCAGGUGCUCUUUGUCAUUCCUUAGUUGUGAUGUGAUUUGGUUCAGACUUCAGAGCUAUAAUAUAAUAUAUUUGAAAUGCACAUUUAA